AUGCAAGGCGGCGCCAUCGUCGAGUUCGCGAGGCGCGCGGCGGCCUUGGCGAGGUUGGAGUGGGCGGCGCGGGUGGCGGCCCGGCGGCCGGUGAGGAAGUACCGCGGCGUCCACCACCGCAAAAACAGGUACUGCUCCGUGAUCUGGAACAUCCACACCCGGCGCCUGCUGUGGCUCGGGUCGUACAAGACCCCCGAGGAGGCCGCGUACGCUUGGGACGCCGCCGCGAGGCUGACGCGCGGGCACUGGGCCAAGACCAACUUCCCCGAGCCGGCCUGGGCGCGUGCGGUGGUGCCAGCGCCCGAGGUGUCCACGGAGCUCGUGCUCGCGCUGCCGACGCCCGCUGCGGCGCCGAAGCGCCGCGACCCUGCUGCGGCGGUGGCGGCUCAGGUGUCCUUCGACAACUGGCUGCUGUCUUCGUCGGCAGCACGGCCACCGUUUUCCCACCUUGCAGGUCCCACCACUGCUGCAGCCGCCAACAAUGGCGGCGCCGCUGUCGUCAAUCCUUCCAACCCGGGCACCUAUGUUUUGACAACGCAGAACGUGCAGAUGCCGCCCACCAAUCCGGCGAGCACCGCAGUAAGCAGCAGCAGCGAGCCUGUCGUCCUUGCCUCGCAGUUCCUUUCUGCUGCCGCCCCUACCCAGCACCGCGAGCUGCCGGUGUCGCAGGCCAGCGUGUCUGAUCUGGCCGUCGUCGGGGAUAACUUCACCUACGACGGUGCGGCGUCCUCGUCUUCUGCACCUCCUCCGGUGCCUCGGCUCGCGCUCGAUCUGCUGCUCCAACUGCUUGGUCGCGGGCUCGCGGCGGCCCGGGUGGGGCGCAGUAAGGAGAGACAGAAGCUGCCUCAGGUGCCGACGGGCUGCUGA